GUUCUUCCAUAAUGAGACGCUUUAUAACCGCGGAGCAGCCUCUCAUAUCAAUCUAGUCGGAGGGACUUGGACCUGGGAACUACGCGUUGAAAAGACCGUCACAUUUAGGCUUACAGAAUAUCACUGUUUUGAGGAUUUAUUACACUUUCCUCAAACCUCUUGGGAAAAAUGCUGCUCCUACUGCUCGGAAUCAUCUUUCUGCACGGCGCAGGUCUAGUGCUCCUAUUCGUGUCGACGAUUGUCAGUGCGUGGACGGUAGGCUACUCUUCCACCGCGGAUUUGUGGACAAACUGUACCACAACCAAUGGCGCGUACAGCUGCGAUACGGCCGAAACCGGAGAGUGGAUCCAGGCGGUCCAGGCCCUCAUGAUCCUGUCCAUCAUCUUCAGCUUCAUCUCGCUCUUCCUCUUCUUCUGCCAGCUCUUCACCCUGCAGAAGGGCGGCCGCUUCUUCCUCACCGGAGUCUUCCAGAUCUUUGCAAGCCUGUUUGUCAUGAGUGGCGCCAUCAUCUACACGGUGAAGAGUCCUGAUUGGGUGCACGCGUCCGAGUCCUACGGCUUCGCCUACAUCCUGGCCUGGGUGGCCUUCCCCUUGGCGCUGAUCAGUGGACUGAUCUACCUCAUCUUAAGAAAACGCGAAUGAGCCCUCCCCCCUCCCCCCGCCCCACUCUAACCCCACCCCCAAAA